AUGUCUAGCUCUAUCUUCCUCGGUGUGGUUGGUGUCGGUGGUGUUGGCACUGCCUUCCUUCAGCAGCUUGCUCGUCUGCCCAAUGCCCCCCAGCUUGUCCUCCUUGCCCGCUCCUCCCAGACUCUUCUUGCUCCUGCACCGGCCUACGCCCCGGCCAUUCCCGCUGCCGAUUGGGCCACAGCAUCUGCCACACCAUCCUUGACUAAGAGCGGUGCUCUCCAGGCCGAGGAGAUUGCCACAUACCUUGCCAAUGCCCCCGGCCGUGCUAUCCUGGUCGACAACACCUCCGACAUUAACUUGGCCCGCCAGUACCCCACAUUCCUGAAGAAGGGCAUCUCAGUCGUCACUCCCAACAAGAAGGGAUUCUCCGAUGACAUCUCCUUGUGGAAGGACAUCUUCGCUUCGGCCGCCCAGGGCAAGGCUCUGGUCUACCACGAGAGCACCGUGGGUGCCGGUCUGCCCGUUCUCUCCACCCUGAAGGACCUUGUGGCCACCGGUGAUGAGGUGACCCGCAUUGAGGGUGUGUUCUCUGGCACUCUCUCCUUCCUGUUCAACACUUUCGCCCCCGCCUCAGGAUCAUCCGAUGCACAGUGGAGCGCCGUUGUUGCCCAGGCCAAGGAGCUGGGCUACACCGAGCCCGAUCCUCGCGAUGACCUGAACGGCAUGGACGUUGCGCGUAAGCUCACCAUCCUCGCUCGUAUCGCUGGCCUUGAGGUCUCAAAGCCCGACUCCUUCCCCAUUGAGUCUUUGAUCCCCGCUGAGCUGGCCUCUCUUCCUUCCUCUGCCGAGGGUAUCUCUCAGUUCAUGACUCACCUUCCCGAGUUCGAUGCCCAGAUGGCCAACGUUAAGGACACUGCUGAGAAGCAGGGCAAGGUUGUGCGCUACGUUGGUAGCAUCGAUGUUGCCUCCAAGGCCGUCAAGGUUGGCCUGCAGUACUUUGACAAGGACAGUGCCAUUGCUGGUCUGAAGGGCAGUGACAACAUCAUCAGCUUCUACACCAAGCGGUACGGUGCUAACCCCCUGAUUGUUCAGGGUGCUGGUGCCGGUGGAGAUGUCACUGCUAUGGGUGUCUCCGCUGAUCUCAUCAAGGUCAUCGAGCGCCUUCAGUAG